UACCGACAAUUGUUGAUGGUGUGUGCAUGGAACGCGACGGGGUUGUCAAGAGCUGCGGCGGCGCAGUUGCGCAGUGUCAGUGAUAGAGAAGUCUCGUACCUCGCCGGUCGCCUCACUAUGUCGGCCACGCUGCAAACAAGUUUGAAGGAUAAGAUCCGGGAUUCAGUGGAGAUCCCAAUCGUGACAAAAUGUUGCUUCUGCUUCCCGCUACGGAAAGGGCUCAUUGCCUUUGCAUAUGUCAAUUUGAUGCUGACACUGGUUGUGACGUCAUUCCUGUCACUUUACAUAUCGGUGAUCAGGAAUUCGUCGCCGACGGAGCAGGCUGACAUCGGAUCGGAGUUCGCACGACUUAUCGUCGACACAGUGGCUCUGCUUAUUGAGAUUGUUAUGACAAUUACUUUCAUAGUCGCGUUGCAUAAGAAACACGUGCUGCUGAUGAAAGUGUACCUGUACUUCGAGAUCGUGUACUCUAUCAUUGGAUUCAUCUACAGCCUGGCGUUCAUCACCAAGGAGACCGCCAGCGAGGUGUUCCUCGUACUAUUCCAACUAAUGCUACAAAUCUACCUGGCGAUCCUCAUUUGGAGUUCCAUAGUGAAAAUGGAAAGAGACGGAACAGUGAAGUAUACCAGAGACAGGGAUCCAGCCUAAAAUAGAUUUAUAACCACACUGACGUGGCUAGAUAUUUUUAGACAUAGAUUUAUGAUAAAAUAAGAAUCGAGGUGAUACAUUUGUAGUGUAUUUGUGACGGUGCUAGAUUUUUUAUGAAGAGGUCUUAAUAUUUCGAACACGACUGACCUAUUUUAUAUCUCGCUAUAGUGUAUACACAUUUAAUUGGGACCAAUAUGGUACUUAAACUGAAAUUAAUUGAUAAACAAGUGCCUGGAAGUUAUGUAUAAAUAAUUAUUGAUAUUUUAAUACCAACGCGUACUUAGUGGAAUGAAUUGAGGGAACCUUGACAGUUAUAAAGGCAAUGUUGUUCAAUUUUGCUAAAAUCUAUACUAUUGCAAUGUCUUCUACUUUGUUAUGUAAAUUCAACCACAGUUUAAAAAUAAUAUCUAGUUUGCCUUUUUUGUUAUAAUAUAAAUAUAAGUUACCUUUAUAGAUAUGAAUUUAGCG